CUUCCACCAAUUAUUCUUUCGUAUAUUCUCGUUUUGCGGGAUCUUUGCCACUGUUUUCUUUGUCUUUUUUCCCUUACUUAUGAGAAAGGGAGCAACGGCAGCAUCAGACAGGCGCGCUAAUUCAUCAUCGGUGAAGAGGAGUCUAUGCGAUGGAGAAUCAGUUUGUUUCACCACCCCAAGUGCAUACCUCUCGACCGUCCCUCGGCUUCCCUCUUGGCACAGCUCUCCUCUUGAUCAUCAUUUUCAGCUUGAGUGGCAUCUUCUCCUGCUGCUGCCACUGGGACAAACUCAGGUCACUCCGCCGAUCUUUCGCCGAUGGUGCCCAUCCUGACGCCGACAUUGAAGCUUCUCCCUCCAAACCCAAGCCUGAUUUCACUGAUCUGAAGCAAAACCAAAGCCAAAGCUUGCCUGUAUUAAUGCCGGGAGACCGGAUCCCAAAGUUCAUAGCAUUACCAUGUCCAUGUCAACCUCCACGGCAAGAAAAGGUCGAAGUAGAAGUUGAGAAGCCGCCCAAGCUGCCGCGUUUCCCGGUACCUUUCGGAUUGGCAACUUGACGAUUGAUUGUACAUAUUGGACCAUUUAGAUUAAUUUUCCGUCCGAGUUUUUCAUCAGUAAAAGAAAAAAAGGA